UCGCCGUACGAGCAGUGACGUCACAAGUCAGCCAUGAAGAUGACGGAGGAGGAGAAGAAGAAGAGCGCGGAUAAAGCCGCAGUCACCACGGAGGAGGUUCAGCGUCUCAUUAAGAGGAAAGAUGAGAUCGAGGAGCAGAUUAAAGCGUAUUACGAAGUGCUGGAGGAUCAAGGCGAUGUGGGCAUGAGCGCCCCUCUAGUGGAUGUCGAAGGCUAUCCCCGCGCAGAUGUGGAUUUGUUCCAGAUCCGAACAGCAAGGCACAGCAUCUCAUGUUUGCAGAACGAUCACAAAGCAAUCAUGGUGGAGAUCGAAGAGGCUCUUCAUAAUCUUCACGCUCAAGAAAGAGCCAAGCGUGAGCAGGACCAGGCGGAAGCGCAGACUGAGAGAAUGGAGCAGGACGUGCCGCUGCCGUCCCCUUUUGCUCGAGUGGACGCCGUGACUUCGGGCUCCCCUGCUUAUCAGGCGGGUCUGUGUGUUGGUGACGAGAUCAUAGAGUUUGGUUCGGUGAACCCGAGCAACUUCCACAGCCUGCAAAACAUAGCUUCUGUAGUGCAGCACAGUGAAGGGAAAUCAGUGAGUAUUGCGGUGAUCCGGAACGGACGGAAAGCUCGUCUCAGCCUGACCCCGCAGCGCUGGUCUGGAAGAGGCUUACUGGGGUGCAACAUAGUUCCUCUUCACAGAUGACCGGAAUGAGGGACGCUCAUGACCAUGGGCUUGUGCUUUUGUGCUCCCACUUGACUAAACACAUUUAACACAUUUUCCAAUAUGUCUUUAGACAGGUUUAGUUUUCAAUUCAUAAUCACAUCCUCCAUCACAAGUGUAUUUAAUUUUUAUACAUGCAUUUGUAUUUAAUAAAUAGCUUUGGUGUUUAAAAAAAUCCAGACCAUUUUCUGGAAACUGCCUUCACACUAUUAGAUCAAAACUAAAUCUUUACCAAGUAACUUUCUUGAUUAUUUUGUAUUAUUUAAUUAUAAUUUGCGAAGAAGGAAUGAAAUUUUCGGAUGAGAAAUUAAAUUGUUUUUUUUGUUGAAUUA